AUGUCUAAGGGCAACGGCAGCAGCAGCUGCAGCAGCAGCAGCACAAUAAACGAAGAGGAGCAGCAGCAGUAUCAGGAGGAUAGCAAGGAGCAGCAGCAGCAGCAGCCGGAGCAGCAGCAGGUGCGUACGCUGUUCUGUUUGCUGCAGGUGUUUGAUAUAAACACCGCCUGCUGCUGCGGCCCCCCAGCCACGCAGGAGUCAUUUCGUGCUGCAGCACCUCUACCCAGUGGCGAGACUGACAGCAGCAGCAGCAACAGCAGCAGCAGCAGCAACAGCAGCAGCAUUGUGGGGAAGGCACUGAUUGAUGAAGGAAGCUACACAACACAGUUUUAUUGCUGCCGCGUUUGUUUGCUGCCUGAGGGGGCAAUUGCUGCUUGCUGCGGAGGCAAUCGCCAUCAACUUAGGACGUACUUCUUGCCGGCUGGCCUUGAGAGCGCAGGUGCAGGUGGCGGAGGCAGUGUGACCAGCAGCAGCAGCAGCAGCAGCAGCAGCAGCAGCAGCAGCAGUAGCAGCAGCAGCAGCAGCUGUCCCUGCAGCAAGAACGCCUUCCAUCUGUUUGGGCUGGCUUCAGCGGAGUACCCGCCUUUGACUUUAGAUGUUUGCUGCGCUGCUGCUGCUCCCCCGCAGCGGAAGCAGCAGCAGCAAAAGAGCCUCAACACCCCGCCGCCAGCUGCAGCAGCAGACGAGCUCCUUACCAAGCACAGCAUCAUUAGCUCCUUCGUUGUCAGGGCCCCCAAGCAGCAGCAGCAGCAACAGCAACAGCAGCAGCAGCAGCAGCAAGAAGAAGAAGAGAAAGAAGAAACGCAAGCUGUCAUUUCGGGAGUGCUACUGGCUGCAAUCCAGGGACAGAUUGCAGUGUACGGCAUUGCUGCGGGCCCGUCUGACUUGAGCCCGGAGUUCGCGCGACUGCGGCAGCAACUGCUGCAGCGGCGAAACGAAGAGAAUUUAGAUGCAGCAGCAGCAGCAAGAGUGCUACAGGCGCAUGCAGCAGCUGCAGCAACAGCAGAUCCUGCAGCAGCAACAACAGACAGUAAGGGCGCAGCAGGGCACGACAGAGACGAAGAUGAAAAGGUUUGUCUCCCGCCACUGUCUCCAUUGUGCCUCCCCUGA